UUCAAGAGUGAGAUCAGUUUGGGUAAACAGAAUGCAGCUGAUAUUUUAGCCUGCAGGAUUGGGUCUGUUCUCCAUUUGUGGUACAAAUAUUUAACUUAUAGGCUGUAAAUGCAGAGCCCUUGAGAACCACUUAGAAUGAGAAGGAUCUACAGAGCUGGAACUUUGUCAGGCAUAAUGAAGAGCAUUUUUUUCUUCUCCUGUUUUUUAUAUGCAGCUGAACUAACAGAAGGAGUCAUAAUCAAAGUAGACGGAUUCGAGGGGAGAAAUGUCUCCUUCCAAUGCUCGCACACACUUGCAUGGAAAAACCACAAGUAUUUUUGCAAAGAUCCUUGCACAAGAGUGGAAGACAAACUGGUUACUGUAGAAUCUGGCAGAAGAGCAGAAUCAGGGAGGAUAACUCUGGUGGACUCUGCGAAUGGAUCUUUCUCUGUGACCUUCAGUCAUCUCCAGCUGUCAGACUCACAGAAAUACCGGUGUGGAGUGGACAGGCCUGGUUUGGACACAUACAUUGAUGUACAGCUCACAGUAAUGAAAUCUGUUGAAAAUGAGACUGAUAUUUCUUCUACAUUGCCAUAUCCAAAUCCCACCUUGGAAAAGUCAACAACAGGCAACAUCAUUUGUGCUACCGUUGGGGGUGUUAUUCUGAUCUCUGUCUUGAUGAUGGCAGUAUGCUUCAGGAAAUCCAGAAGAACAUCAAACGAUAAACUACAGGUUUACACCAACAGAGCACACACCAGAAAUUCAAAUGAAAGCGAGGUCAGUUUUGGGUACAAUGACACUGACAAGAGAACAAACAACUGUAGCAAGCUGUCUGCAAGUUCUUCUGUCUCUACUUAUCAACAAAGAUCAGCUCUACAAACAUUUAAACCCAUAUAAACCAAAUGCAGCAUACUCACUGCUGUCUAUAAAGCCAUUUAUUUCUCCAGCCCUCUGGCAGGUUCAGGAUAUUUACCCAUGAAGGGCUCAAAUGAAUAAUAAUAACUGGCAUCUACAUUAAUCUCUUGCCAUCUUUAAUAUAUGAAAGAACAUGUGAUUGUACUUGCAGAAAACACACAUCUAAAUUUAAAAUGUGCAAAAAUACAGAGACUGAAUCUCCCUGUGUCUCCAGAGCCCCACAUGAAUCCAGUGAAGAAAAGCCCAGAUCACCUCUUUUUUGGUUAAGAUUUAUCAGGAAGUUAAGUUAUAAUCUCUACUUUUUUGUGGACAUUUGGAGAAAAAUACAUUUUCCAAUUAUGAGCAACACUUGUUUUCAUUAUAAUAUGCCUAUACACUGAAUUAAAAGUUAUUGUUUCCACUCCAUGUCUGCUGUGCUCUGUGUAAAAUAAACUUGUGUUGCAUUUAAAGACCAUAAGCUUAUCCAUAUAAGGAUAACAAAGUGUGAA